UUUAGCCCGUACGGAUGUUGACUAUCCGAGAAGCAGUUUAUUUAGGUCGACUAGGGUCUUUCUAGGGGAAGAUACAUGCAUGUGAGGUCAAGCUAUGACAACAAAUAUGAAAGAGCACACCAGUCACACUGAACAUAUGUACAGCCCAGCUAGUAUGCAGCACAUCCCCGAUUCGGCCUCGGGGGCUAAGUUGACGAAUGAGCGAAAAGCCCAGAUCGAGGUGAUCCCUUGUAAGGUCUGCGGUGACAAGUCGUCGGGGGUACACUAUGGUGUAAUUACAUGUGAAGGUUGUAAGGGAUUUUUCCGACGAAGCCAGGCUGGUCCGGUGAAUUACCAGUGUCCCCGUAAUAAAAACUGUGUGAUUGACAGAGUAAACAGAAACAGAUGUCAAUACUGUCGGCUACAGAAGUGUAUUGCAUUAGGCAUGUCGAGAGAUGCUGUGAAGUUUGGCCGUAUGUCAAAAAAGCAAAGGGAAAAAGUAGAAGAUGAAGCCAACUUUGUAAAACAGAACCGAAUAAAUGGAUAUGGUCCAGCGUCUCCAACACAACUCAUACCCUCGCCAAAUAACAACAAUCAAUUUACAGGAUACACAGAUCCAAAUUAUCUGUAUACGAGUAACGGGUACACGUACGGUCUCCCGUCGCCAACGGAAACGCCGCAACCAGAGACACCAGUGACCUCCGACCCACCAUCGUACACGGUGGCGACCACAUCUCCCACCACAACACAAGCUACUCCACAUCCGGUGACUCUUAUCAGGGCUAUUGAUCUCAUGGAUUCUGUUACAUUUGGUAAAGCCAUCAUUGAUGCACAUGUACGGACGUGCUUGUAUAGUAAAGAACAGAUCGAUCUGGUGAAAUCCAAUCUCCCCACACUGGAAAUACUAGAGGCCUUCAAGAAUAUGACACAUAAACAGUUGUGGGCAGAGGUGGCUGAAAAAAUUACGAUAGCUGUGCAGCAAAUCAUCGAGUUUGCCAAGAUGGUGCCAGGCUUCAUGGAUUUGUCACAGGAUGACCAGAUCAUGUUAUUAAAAGCAGGGAGUUUUGAGCUGGGAUUAAUACGAUGUUGCAGAGUGUUUGAUGUCGUCCGGAAUAGUGUUGUAUUCGGAAACACUCUUUUACCACUAGAGGCCUUUGAUGGUUUUAAUGAGGAGGAAACCCAUUUAAGAGACAAUAUUUUUGAGUUUGUGAAGUCGCUGAUGAUGUUAAAUCUUACAGAAACAGAAUUGGCGCUCUUUAGUGCUGUCAUGUUGAUACGCCCGGAUCGGCCAGGACUAAAGGAAUUACCUGACAUUCAAAAACUUUACGAAAAGGCACUGGCUGCUCUGAAGAUGGAGAUAGGCAAGAGUCAUACAGAGGAUGGUGAACUGCUAAAUAAGCUGAUGAUACAUGCUUUCUCACUUCAAAAUCUAAGUGCCCAACAUAUUGUGCUAUUGAAUAAGUUCAAACAGUCUGCUCCAGAAGUGGAGUUUCCUGCCCUUCAUAAGGAACUCUUCAGUGUUGAAGGGCUAGAUAAUUCCUGAAUUGUGCUAGUACGCCACCAUUUUGUUCUGUUAAAACACUGCAGGGAGAACGUGAAAGAUUUUUUAGCAUUGUUCGGAACUUACAGAAACAGAGACAAUGUUUAUCAUUGCGGUUGAAGUUCUUAUUUUCAUUCGUUGUGGAAAAGAUUAUGAAAACAACAUGGAGGAUAUUGUUGUUUGCUGAAUGAUUUCAUUUAUAUUAUGGAGGCCUCAUUCAUGUAUUAUUGUUGGUAGGAGUAUAUGUUGUUUAUGUACAUAAACUGUUUUACUUUAAUGUGGUAUAAAUUGUUAAACCCCAUCCAUACACCUUAACCACAAUUUGUUUUAAUGAGAGGAGAGUCUAAUUUUAUGGUUUCAAUCCUGCAAGUCAAAAUUUUUGAUGUACUCAAUUCCAGAUUAUUUCAUCGUUUUUAAUUUACCUUGUAUAAAUGUUAGAAAUAAUUUCAAAAAUUGCAGUAAAACUCAUAAUGUCAUGUCAAAAUUGCUGCUGGUCAAAAUCACAUUAACAAGACAUUUCAUCUACCAUGUCUUUAGGUGACAAUAAAAUUAUUGAGGAUUCAAUAUAAGAAAAAAAUCUGUAAAAUAAAGCUUGAAAAGAAAUAAUUGUGGAAAAACAUUAUUACGACAUAGGCUAGAUUUCAUAUCGGCUGUAUUUGAUUAAAACUAGGACGAAUUCAAAAUUGUGGGAGGCAUUUUUUUCAGAGAUCUCAACAUCCAUCAAAUAUUGAAACAUAUUUAGGAUUAAGAAUUCUACAAAACAGAGAUUUACCCUGCAACCCAUCAAAUAUUAAGUGCCUCCUAUCCCUCCAACACAGAUAAUUACAAACUACAAACAGGUCUUGGUUAUUUCUUAAGUGGAUGUUUUAGGUCCUGAUAAAAACCAAACUUUACUGAAAAAGCUGUAUGGAUGAAUAUGUGGUGAUUUCAUUCAGGCAGAAAUUUGAGCUAACGUCUCCGAUAUAAAGUUUAAUUAACAAACUUUAGAGUUCAAACUCAGAAUCAGUUAUCAUGAUAUGUGAUUGUUGAAUUUGAAAGAUUUCUUUUGAUUUAAGCUCUUUCUUCAACUUAAUAUAAAGUACGAAGUAAUUACCAAUGUAAAGAAUACCGUCUGGAUAUGUAGAAACAUAAAUCUAGAAAUGAAUAUGCACACUGCUAUAUACAUUGUCCCUUAACAACAUAUGUUGUGGACAGUUUUUGUAACCUAAGACUUGAAUAUCAUCAAUUAUGAAUUGAAAAAGAAUAUGUUUUGAUUGAACAUAUGGAAUCUUGACCGCAGUUGUAGAGAGGCUAACCUUAACCCUGACACGCUGAUAUACGUAUACCUCGUCCAGAGGUAUUUUAAGGUCGCGUUUUAUCAGGACAGCAGCCCAUCGCUUGUAAACUAUACUCUGUUAUCAGUGUCAUAACACCCAUUACAUAGCCACGCUGUUAUCAGUGUUAUCAGUGUCAUAACACCCAUUACAUAGCCACGCUGUUUUUUUUCUGUAGCUCAAAUAAGAUCAAUGAGAUUUCAUCAACAGUUGAUUUAUAUUUUUUGUUUUAAAUUGCAUAAAAUUAUAAAUGUCACAAAGUACAUAUGAAGAAAUUUGGAUAUAUGUUGAUCUUUAAUCUCUGCCUCUACUGGAAAAUUUGUUUGAAAAAUUCCAAGAAAAAAAAUAGUGUGAAUUAAAAAAAAAUUGCUAACAAGGCAUAAUUGAUUGUUGGUUCCAAAUAAAAAAUGAACUCAUGAAAAAUAUUUCAAUGCGUGUGAUUGAAAUUUGUAUUGUUUCCAUUGGGCUGCCUAUAUAUAUACAUUGACAUUUGUGAUGAAUUUAAAUGUCUGCAGGGAUUAAUUGUAGUCAUAAUUUUUUUUUCCAAUUUAGUUUUGAAUUGGAGGUCAAAGUUUGUGGGUUUGAAACCCUAAUACUACAGCAUGAUAAAUCACUUACAAGCGUUUAUAUAUCUUUUAUUGUUUUCUUUUAUGAAAAGACAUCUUGAAUUCUAAAAUUAGGAUUUGUUUGACAUGAAGAAUCAUAUUUAACGACGAGUUAAGGUCGAAGAGUUCAAAAUUUAUUUUUCAAACAUUCUUUGUACUAUUUGGAAUGACAUUUUCACCCCAACACUGAAUACAGACAAGUUUUAGUUUGUAGCGCACAAUGUAUUGAAAGACAGUGAAUAUUACUUAAUCAAAAUAUUCAAACAUGGAUAUGGCAUUCAUGGUCCUUAUAAAUGGCACUAAACUUUGUAGACAAACCUACAAUAUUGUAUUGUUGGUCAUCUUUGCAGGGGCUUUUCAUUGAAAUCAAGGUCAUUAAGUAUGAUACAAAAAUAAAUAUCCAGCGAAUAUGUAAAUAUGUUUACAAGGUGUUGCAGUGCAAAAUGUAAUGUUCAAAACUAGGUUCGACAAUGGCAACUGCAAAAUAUUUGUCUGCAAAAUGUCUGCAAAGGGUAUGUCGUUAUAUAUAACAACUAUAAAUGCCAUAUUAGCACAAUUCAACAGUUUUAUUUACAUUUCCUGCGCCUUUUGCUUGUAUAGAUGCUAGUUUUAUUUGAACUAAAACAGGUUUUUACUGAAAAUGUACUUCUGUAGAUGGAACCGGUUAAAAUGAUGAUGUUAUUGUGAUCGCACAAGUUGUUACCAACAGUUACUGUCUGGUUACAUUAGGGAAAUGCCAUACAAAUGUAAAGCUACCCCAUGUUCUUACUUUUAAAAGGAAACAAUGGAAGAGUGUUGUAGCCAGAGGCCUACUUGAUUUGCACUCUUCUCCUUCUAGAAUAUAUCUUCUGGUCACUCGAUUUGGAGCUCUUCUGCUUCUGGAAGAUCUUCUACCUCUUCUGUCUCGAAGCUG